UUAGUAGUAGCUUAGGCUUUCUUAGCGUCACGGAGAUUGCCGAAACUAAUUCUCGCUUUCCUUUCCUUCUACCACCAUGUUCUACAUUAUCGGUCUUGGGCUCUGCGAUGAAAAAGAUGUCACCGUUCGCGGACUCGAGGCCAUCAAGGGUUCUUCACGCGUAUAUUUGGAAGCAUAUACUAGUAUCUUGAUGGUUCAAAAAGAGAAACUGGAAGCAUUCUACAAAAAACCACUGAUUCUCGCCGACCGGGACAUGGUGGAAACGGAGAGCGACGAAAUACUGGCAAAUGCAGACAGGGAGGAUGUAUCCUUGUUGGUUGUUGGAGAUCCAUUUGGGGCAACGACACAUACCGACAUCAUCCUUCGCGCUCGUGCCCUGGGUAUCCCUACUCGCGUCAUCCACAAUGCAUCGAUAAUGAACGCAGUCGGCGCCUGUGGUCUCCAACUCUACAACUUUGGACAGACAGUUUCCUUAGUCUUCUUCACAGAGACAUGGAAACCCGACAGCUUUUACGAUAGGAUCAAGGAGAACGCGGAUCUCGGUCUGCACACGCUCGUGUUGCUGGAUAUAAAGGUCAAAGAGCAAAGUGAAGAGAAUUUGGCACGUGGUCGGAAGAUCUAUGAACCACCUCGAUACAUGUCAAUACGACAGGCUGUCUCUCAACUCAUAGAGAUAGAGUCUCUAAGGCAGACCGGGACGCUAUCUCCUGAUACAACUCUUGCAGUCGCGCUUUCUCGUGUUGGCGGUGGAAGCGACAAUCAGAGGAUCGUCGCUGGUACCCUGACCGAGCUCGUGAACCAUCCAGAAGAUGCUUUCGGAGACCCUCUGCAUAGUCUUGUCAUCGUCGGCAAACGACUUCACCACCUUGAGGUCGAAUAUGCUCAAGACUUCGCCGUUGAUGUCGAGAGAUGGAGGAAUUCCGCCAAGAAAGUCUACGGAUGCGCAUUGGAUUAGUUUUAGCGGAGCCAGGAGUCACGAUGCCUCGUUGUGUAC